AUGCGCACACGAGCUCAGAAGCGCGCACAAAUGCCAGCGCUCGCGCAGCAGCUGCAGCAGCGUCUGCGCACGCUGGAGGAGGCCGCGGUCGCCGCUGCCAACGCCCCCCUCAGCCCGCCGGCCCCCAAGAAGCGCAAGACUGACGACGUCUCCGCGUCGCCGCUGCUGCUCACCCCGCACCACCCGAAGCCGCGCACGCCGGUGCUUAGCGUGCUCAAGACGUCGGCCAAGUCCAAGGCCAAGGCGGAGACCAAGCCGAACAUGGCCAAGCGCGUGUCUCUGUGCCGCACGCUGCAGUACACGGAGGACUCGCAGGCCGUGCUGCAGCGGAUCUGCUCGGGUCAGAUGCUGCGCGCCAGCACGUCCAUUGUGGGUCGUGAAGAGGAGCACCAAGUAGUUCGUGAUGUGCUGAAGGGAGAGCAGCAGAGCAGUCUGUUCAUCAUCGGCCCCCCGGGAACAGGCAAGAGCUCCUCGGUGAAUGAGCUGCUGGUAGAGCAAGGCUACGAAGCGGUGGAGGCCAUGUCGUCGCUGAAGCGCAAGCGAAGCAAGAGCGCGAAGGUUGCAGUCAAGUUUAACUGCAGCACCUUCACGGACCCCGCGGCGUUGUAUGCCGCUGUGGCGCAGCUGGUGACGCAGGAGACGAGUUGGAAGCUGCCGGAACGACUGGACCCAUUCGAGAUGGGCAUGUUUGUCAAGUAUUGUGUGAGUACCAAGGGACAGUCGGUGGUCGUCGUGUUGGACGAGGUGGACCAGUUGCUGCGUCUUCAUGCGCGCAUGCAGCCGACGGUGAAGGAGGUGCUCCACUUCUUCGUGCGGUGGGCUGCGGCUGCACCGAGUUGUGUCAAGUUCCUGGGCAUCAUGAACGGCGUCGACAUGUACGAGCAGAUCUCGCGCGUUCAUGUGACUGGUGACAAUGCUGUCGACUCGCACGUCCCCCGUGUCGUGUUCGGCUCGUACACACACCAGGACCUGCUGCUGAUCAUGCACAGCUACCUUCAGAACGCACUCCCGGUGGGUGCCCACACGGCCGACGUGUCCAACUUCAUCGAACCCCGAGCUAUCGAGCUCAUUGCAAGGAAGGUGGCUUCCCGCGAUGGCGACGCCCGUCUGGCCAUCAGUUUGGUGCAGCAGUCCGCUCGCCACGCUCUUCAGCGCGCAGGAGCUGCGAGCCCUUCGCACUCAGACAAGAACCCUCCGAGCACGGCUCCUGUGGUGGUCUCGCUGCGUGACGUUUUCCAUUGCUCGACCUCGAUGCUCUCCUCUCCGGUGGCUCAGCAGAUCAAGCAGCUGCCAAGACAAGCCAAGUUGCUGCUUUACGUGAUCACCGCUCUCGCCCCAGGGUGCAACGACGACGGAAGCAGCACUAGCACCAGCCCUCGCGGAAAUCUGCGCAAGUGCGAUAUGAACCAGGUCAGUGAAGAGCUCGCGCGUCUUCGUGGCCAGCCCCAGACUGCGUGGGUUCCGCGCUUGUCUCGUGAAGAGCUGCAGACCCACUUGAUGUCGCUCGACUGCUACGCGCUGGUGAAGAGCGGCAAGCGCGAAAAGGGCUCGCGGACCGCCGCUGCCAUGUCCGUCCGCGCGUUUUGGACGACGAAGCUUUCCUCGUGCGUCACGAUGGCCGAAGUAUCGCGCGCUGUUCAAGACGACAGCUCGCUCUCCCAACUUCUACUACAACUGUAA